UCUACCACUGAAAUUGUGUCAGAUGAAAACAUCUUGAUAAAAACCAGAUAACUUUUUCACAAUAUGCAGUCAGCUGCAACAUCAUCACCCUUCUAUCAACUCAUCAGUUUCCGGCCAAAGCUUCAAACUUUCCUAUCAAAAGCUCAACUUUUGCCAGGAAGGACCCCUUUCUGCAGACCAAGAAUGGCUUCGGUUUCUGGGUUUGGGGUAAGGUCACUGAAGGCCUUAGGUGGUUCUUCUUCAUCUGCAGGUGAUGAUGGGUUUGUUACAUUGAUAGAGUAUGUGGGUAAGACAGGAAUAAAUGUAAAAGACGAUUUGGUAGUGUUGCUUGAUCACAUUCAAUAUGCUUGCAAGAAAAUUGCAGCUCUUGUGGCUUCUCCUUUCAAUUCCAGCAUUGGGAAACAAACGGUUCUUGGCUCUGUGGCCAGUGGUGUUUCCGGUAGGGAUGCUCCAAAGCCUCUUGAUAUUCUCUCGAAUGAAAUUAUAUUGUCAUCACUCCAAAAAUCUGGAAAAGUUGCUGUCAUGGCUUCUGAAGAAGAUGAUGCACCAACUUGGAUAAGUGAUGAUGGUCCAUAUGUGGUCGUAACAGAUCCCCUAGAUGGUUCUCGAAAUAUUGAUGCAUCCAUUCCGACGGGUACAAUUUUUGGUAUUUACAAGCGCCUUGAAGAACUAGAUAAUCUACCCACAGAGGACAAGGCUAUGCUGAAUUCACUCCAGAGUGGAAGUAGACUUGUUGCUGCUGGCUAUGUUCUCUAUUCAUCUGCAACUAUACUCUGCAUCACCUUUGGCUCUGGAACACAUGCAUUCACUCUCGAUCAUUCAACAGGAGACUUUGUUCUCACAAAUCCUAGCAUUAAAAUUCCUCCCCGUGGGCAAAUUUAUUCUGUAAACGAUGCACGAUAUUUUGACUGGCCCGAAGGUUUAAGGCAAUAUAUAGACACUGUUAGACAAGGAAAAGGUAGAUAUCCCAAGAAAUACUCAGCCAGGUAUAUAUGUUCUCUGGUGGCUGAUCUCCACCGAACUUUGUUAUAUGGGGGUGUGGCUAUGAAUCCAAGGGACCAUCUUCGUCUUGUUUAUGAAGCAAACCCUCUUAGUUUCAUUGUAGAGCAAGCUGGCGGAAGAGGUUCUGAUGGCAAAAAUAAGAUUCUUUCCAUUCAACCAGUUAAACUGCACCAAAGACUUCCUUUCUUUCUGGGGAGUUUGGAAGACAUGGAAGAGUUAGAAAGUUAUGGAGAUGUACAACAAAAAGUAAAUCCUGGUUAUGAGGUUUGAUGAUAUAGCAUGCAUAGAAAUUAUGAAUAUUUAUUCAACAAUCAUGGUGUCUAACUAAUUGUUCUAGUGUUCUUCAUCUGUGUUCUUUGCACUGCAAUGUCCAUAAUUUGUGUUAAUGUAUUUUUUCU